AAUCUCUGGUUGGUAGUGACAGGCCCUAUGAUCACAUGACAGCUUUUGUUUGGUUUUGGGUAGAUACGAUAAUACCUCAAAAAUAUUAAACUUUCUUAAGUGACAAAAUCUAAAUUUUUAAGUGGUAAUUUGGAAUAUGUUUUAUUGGCGUGAUAUUGUUUGUAGUUGACUUUAGAUAAAGCAACUGUCUGUGCUGUAGUGAACGAUUUUCCGCCUUAUUUGUGGUAGUGAUCUACAAUGCCUAUAUUGUACAGCGUUGUGGCUCGAGGCACUACUGUCUUGACCAAAUAUGCGUCAUGUGCGGGAAAUUUUGCAGAAGUUACGGAGCAAAUUUUGGCCAAGAUUCCACCCGAGGAUACAAAGUUGACUUAUUCACAUGGAAGUUACUUAUUUCACUACAUUUGUGAGAGCAGGAUUAUUUACAUGUGCAUCACUGACGAUGAUUUUGAGCGCUCUCGAGCGUUCUUGUACCUCAAUGAGAUCAGGCGCAGAUUUCAGACGGCGUAUGGGACGCGAGCUGAAACUGCUUUGGCGUACGCCAUGAACACGGAAUUCUCACAAGUGUUGGCGAACGAAAUGAAACAUUACUCAGAAUCUCGAGAAAUAGAUACAAUAUCAAGAGUCCAUGGAGAACUUGAUGAGCUGAAGAAUAUAAUGGUGAAAAAUAUUGACAAUGUGGCCAUGCGGGGUGAGCGGCUGGAGCUUCUCGUCAACAAGACGGAGAACCUCAGUGCCAACUCUGUUACAUUUCGUAAGACAAGCCGCAAUCUGCAAAGAAUCAUGUUUUGGAAAAAUGUGAAGCUGUACAUUGUCAUUGCUGUAGUUGUGUUGGUGAUAAUCUACUUUGUCAUCUCGAUGUUCUGUGGCGGCCUGGCCUGGCAGAGCUGCGUGGGGAACUAGCUGGCUGAUGGCCUCAGCAUCUCUAAAGACUGAAUGAUUGUCUGCAUGUCUGCUCAGUGGAAGAUAUUAUGUUAUUGUUAUAUUUUAUAUGCUCUAACUACUUGCUCCAUUCAUUGCCGGCUGUAUGUCACGAGCCUAGCUUCAUUCGUCUGUAGAUGUGAAGUUGUUUGUAAUUGUUUAUACAUUGUAUCAUUGUUAUAAUUUGUACAUACAUCCUUGUUGCUGGAAUGAGGCAAAUGUAGCCGGACUCUGUUGGCUGAAGUGUCAGUGCUUGUUCCCACCACCUCACCAGUGAUAUACCUGCUUGUUGUCUAUAAUAGUGGGAAGUGGAACACUUGUGCAGUGUUAUGCCGGGACGUGGCGUGGCACGGUCUGCUCCCUGCACUCCCUCCCCCUCACCCCGCACCGAAGCCUUCUCUCAGCAAGCUGGCAUUAUUUGGGCAGUGUUAGGGUUAGGCCAGAGGUGUUCAACUCUGGGAAUCAUAGCAGUUUGCUUGGAAAAGUACAGUAUCAUUUCAGUAAGUGUAUAGAGAAAAGAUAGAGUUUACACAUGGCUGAAAGUGUUGCAACAUGCAAAACUCACAGAACUACUUAUUUUUGGGGAAAAUGUAUUCUACAACAAAUGAAAUUUUUUUUGGAGUGACUAACAUUUGCUUAUUUCUUAACUUCCAAUUAUUGUUUCAAUUAUGAAUAAAAUUGUGGACAAGUAUAAUGAAAUGCCACAACCAGCAUGUGUUAUUUUGUAUCUGUGUCACUCCUGUGUAAUAUCAUGACAGUAUUAAGACACCAAGACAAGUAAAUGACUGAUGGUGUUAUCUGCUUACAAUUUCCUAAUGUAAGAGUGCAGUCUUCUCACUCCCAGAAGCUUUUAGUAUUAACAAAGUGUAAGUAUACUUGGCACAACUUUUUACAGCAGUGCCCCCUGGAAGUAGUCUAGGUCACAGUAAUGGAGUCUUGGCUGUAAUAUGCACGCCACCUGUUGAAUGUUCAGGUGACCAAUUGUAUCACAUUAUAGUUCUUCAAACACUUUUGCUGUGUUGCAUGUUCUGUUUUCAACUUGUAUCAAGUCAUGUACUGGCUACAGCAAAUAAUGAAGUGUUCACAGCCAUACUUUGUACGUAAUUUAUACUUCCUAAAAGAUAAGGCAAGCCGAGCUUCAUCCAAGUCCAGUCCAGUCUUGGGAUAGGUAUUCAUAUGCAAAAUAAAUAUUCAGGGAAUCUCCACAAUUUUUGUGAUAGCACUUUCAAACAAAAAUCAUCUUGUAGAUUUUUAAGAGCUUACUUGUGCUAUAGCUUUAAGAGUUUAAAUUUUUUACUUGAAGAUGAUGAUGUAAUGUAAUACAAUAUUUAAGGGCGCUGGAAGGCUAAUGCAGUCGCCAGAAUUCCGCUAGGUAGUGGAGGCUGCUCUACAGGCGCUGGUGGCUGGAAGAAUGUCUUAUCGCAGUUACAAUCUGUAGUUGCCCUCUGUUGCACCCGGGCCGUACCGAGCCAGUGUUGUCAACUCCACGGGCUAGCCUCGGGUGACGUGUCACUGCCGAGAGGUGACGUCAGCGAACUCUGACCUUGAAGAAACUCACGUCCCUUGCCAAGAAUGAAUACCCGGCUUCCUGCAGCGAUUGUAGUGACUGUAUCUUAGCCUAUGGCCUAACAGUUAAAAUCGACAAAUUUGUAUGGUAAUUUUAUUUUCUCACGUAUAUUCCUAAACAUAUAUAUGUACAUAUAACUGAUAAUGUAUUUUGUGUUCUGUUGUUUUGUAUGCAGUUAGUAUAAAUGAAAUUGGAAAUCUAAAAACUACUAUAUAGAAAACAACGAUUCAGGUAGUGGAUUUUUAAAAUAAACACUUAUUCAAA